AUGUUUCCAUUCUCAGGAACUACCAUCCGGACUACAACUCUCACUCCCAAACCGAUCUGCGAGGACCAGCUGGACGAAUACGAACACGUCCAGGUUGCUCGUUACAACUACCCGGAGAACCCAACACAGUUGAUCCUCCCCACGGAGUGGUGGAGGCCAACCACCCCAGCCAGCUAUGAAAAUCCCUACGUUGGCUCACAUCUAGAAGUGCGCUUCACUCCCAAUGCACGGGUCACCUACGUGACCGUGGACAACGACCAGGACACCUCGAUGACCAUUCAGCUCAGUUUCCAGUACUCGCCAGACGGGCAGCACUUUGGCACCAUCGACAACGGCUACGAGGCCAUUUUCACCGGCAAGACAGGAGAGAGAAUCGCCCUGCCGGACAACGUCCCUUACAUGGUGGUUUUGUGGGUGUUCGUGGUAGAGAGUACAAGUAUACCGGACGGCAUGGGGUUCAAGGUGACGCUCUACGGCUGUGAGAAGCCCGUAUCAACCCUGCCCCCGCCGACCACCACAGCGCCGGCUCUCAUCACCACCACCGAGGUGUGCGUGGACGACCUGGAUGUCUACGGCUCCCUGUCCGUCCUGCGGUUUGACUCCGUCUCGGAGACUCAGUAUCCACCCAACACUCCCUGGAGUCCGAUCAUCGCCAACACGGACGACGCGCCCUACGGUGGCGCGGCGCUGGUAGUUUUCUUCAUUCCCAGCGUCCAAUUGACCUACUUCGUCAUCCAGAGCAUUGCUUCGGGCGUCAGCCAAGUCAAGGUGGCCAUCAAAGUGAAACUGCCCAAUGAGGAUAGGUUUAGCGAAGUCAACUGGGACGUCGGCAGCCGCGUGCUAAGCGUUACCUUCGGGGAAAGGAUAUAUUUGCCAUCGGCCAUCCAAUACGUCAGCGGUAUCCAGAUCCAUAUCAUUUCGUCAAACACUGAAGACAGCUACCUUUUCAAAUUCCACGGCUGUGCAGCACCAGAAUUCACGACUCCGUUGACUACUCGGGUAACUACCCAAGAGCUGACCACGACUCGGGAGCCCUGCACGGAUAACUUAGACAACUACCAGCCGGUCAUCGUCAUCCGAAUCGACAUGGACACCGUCACUUACAUCCACCAGGACACCGGCUUCAAGCCGGACGACCCACCGUCGGAGGACAAUCCGCACAACGGGUCCCACGUGUUGGUCGUCUUCUGGCCGGCUGCCGAAGUGAGGUAUUUCACUGUGACGGCCGAGCACGGGAACCAAAAGGAAGUGACUCUCGCUUUGAGCUUCAAGGAGAGUGAGCCCGACGAUACCAUCCCUGUGUAUAACGAAGACGGGUCGCCGAUCUUCAACGUUCAGUCUGGUGCUAAGGUGCCGUUUCCAACUAACGUGACUUACGUUUUCCACCUGAAAGUUUACAUCAUCGACCCUAAUCCCAGCAGCGUAUUUCUCUUCACCUUCUACGGCUGCGAGCAGAUACUGCCAACCACUACUCCACCUGUCGUGACAACCACGGCUCCAGUGACAACGCCGACGGUUACAGAACCUGUAACGGGCGUGUUGAACCAUACCGCAGCACUAACCACAAGAGCACCAUGCAUUUUAAAUUGCUUUUGCAAUGAGGACUGUUACGGUGAUGUGACAUGUGCCCCGGACUUUUCGCCGUGCCCCCUGAACUGUUAUUGUGAUAACGAGGGUAACAAACCAGAUUCCUUGGGCCGCUGCGUCACUGGACCGACUGGUUGCUCCACCGUUGCUCCGACUGCCACUGGUCCUGUUUGUGAGACCGGAGCAACAAUGAUUCCAGAUGACUGCCAGACGUGUGAGUGUAUUGACAACGAGUAUGUCUGCCACAAGGACUGCCACAAAAUCUGUGCCGAUGAUGAAGAACUUGUUGAAUACGACGAUCCACUUUUAUGUUGCGAGUGUAUCAGAUGCAAUGACUCUUACGCGCACUCCGAGGAACCAGAAUGCUGCCAAAAUGUCACUAACUGCCAAAUACCACCAGAAGACUCUGGAUCCGAGUAUUGCAACGCUUGUAAGCCACCAUAUGCCUUCAACGGCACUCACUGUGUCUUACCCAUCAACUGCCCUUGUUACACUGAAGAUGGAUUUUACCAGAAUGGUGAAAGUUGGGAUAAGAGCUCCUGCCAAACGUGCGAGUGCGUAGACAACAGCAUCGUCUGCAGCAACAAAACGUGUGAUGUGGUCUGCGGACCGGACGAAACAGUAGCCCCUCCAGAUGAUGAUCACGAAUGCUGCUUCUGCAAACCGUGCGUCGGAUGCUACUAUGUGCCGCAAGAAAGAUGCUACGAAGUAAACUCUACUUGGCAUGACGACCUGUGCCGUGAGUGUUCAUGUGAGAGUCCCACACCGAACGAGUACUUCAUGAAAUGCUUCACCAUCGAGUGUCCCGAUCUCACCUGCCCACCUGGCUAUGUGAUUGUACAUGACGAUGACGAGUGUUGCCCUAAAUGUGAAAUAGAGUGUCCCAAUGCGCAUCUCUGCAACUCAUAUGACUGCAUCCCCGACAAAUGGCUGUGCGAUGGGGAGGAAGAUUGUACAAAUGGAAACGACGAAUUAAAUUGUGCCACAACCGGACCUCCCCCUACCACAGCAAAGACUACAACACCGCGACCAAUAACAACUGUUCCAACCACUGUGGCGUUCACUACUCAUGCUCCAACAACGACAGAAAUAUUACCGACAACACAGCCAACUUGUCCGGACGGUCAGGGGCCUAACGACUGUGCCAAUCUGUGCCGACAGCAGGCGUGUAACGACGAUCCUUGCUACACCAAUCAGGUGGUCUAUGGCAACACGGUGUUGUGCUGCGAGUGCCUCAACAACACCGUGUACAACGGCGUCGAUUGCGUCGCACCGGAGAAAUGUCCCUGUGUCGACGAGGACGGAGUGACUCAUGGGCCAAAUGAAGAGUGGCAGGGAAGUGGCUACUGUCAGCUGUGCCGAUGUGUGUCUAACAGGAUUCUGUGCUACGAUGACGUCACGUCCCCAGGUUGUGUGCCUACGACCAUAAUGCCUACGAGCGGACUGUCUACGGCAACAAACUUCCGGACGACAACUGUUUCCAUAACGACCGGGGCAGUGACUGAAACCACAACAGAGUUUGUUUCCACCGUUACUCCCGCAUAUUGUUACGACGACAUGGAGACCAUCGCCGGCCUGACCGUCCGCUUCUAUGACUCUGAGAGCGGUUCCGAGAUCCCCAGUGGUGCACCCUGGCCCUCCACGGGCGAGACCGGCUCCCAUCUGAUAGUUACCUUCUCUGAACCGACGAGGAUCAACCAGCUUCUCUUCACCACCGUCUCGGGCGACGGCGUGAGGGUCAAGAUUGGGGUGACCUUUCGACCUGGGGACCCGACCGCGGUCGACACCUACCUGUUCGGCGGGCAACCCCAGUUGCUGAACUCCGGGGAGAGGCUGGACAUACCGACGGAGCCUGCUGUGACCAACGUCUACUCCAUGCGUAUAAUAUUCUACAAUACUGAUGCGCAGAUUGUGAAACUGUUCGGCUGUGCCGAAAGAGUUACAACAACAACUGUAUCAACGACAUCUGAGACUUCUACUGUGACUCACAUUACGACUCCCAAUUUUUGCGCGACAAAGUGUGUGUGCGAUCUGGACUGCGAAGGUCAAAUCGACGACGACCAGUGUCCCUACGUGGUCCCAGAACAUUGCAUUGGCUGCAUUGGCUGCCCUGAUGGUACCAAACCAUGGGGCGCAUAUUGUGUGCGGCCCCCAGAUAGGGAGGAGUGUAUGACCACGCUUAAAAUGACAACUACCCAAAGCACCACACCCGAAGUGACCACAGAAGAAGAGACGACAAUUGCAACCACGCAAGCACCAACAACUGAAAAAACAACAGCUGCUCCAACAACUACUGAAGCCGCAACGACUACUGCAGCUCCAACGACUGCUGCAUCUCCAACGACUGCUGCAGCUACGACACCAACCGGUCCCACAACACCAAAAGGGAUCUGCGAUUAUGAUCUAGACACCCUUGGCAAUUUGACUGUCAGAAGAUACGACACCGACAACCCUGCAACGGACAUCCUUCCUAAAGAGCCGUGGGAGUCCACAAUACCCAAUGGUCCCGAAUUCAUCAUUGCUUUCUCCAAAGCAACCGAGAUAACCCAACUGGAGAUCACCACAGACAACGGCCACAAGGUUAUCGUAGAGAUCGGAUUUUCCAAGUCUCGGAACCCCAACAUUAUCGAUUACCCCUUGUAUGGUGGCAUGGCAGUGGAAGUGAAUUCCGGGGAGAGGCUGGAUGUUGUGCCUUCGGUGAAAGACGUGUACUUCAUUCAUUUCAGCUUUUACACUCAGGAGUUCCAAACAUUCCAGGCGUAUGGUUGCUUAAUAGAAGGUGGUGGAGGAGACUGUCCACCCAAAGCAAGAUGCCUGUGCACUGGGGAUUGUCGGGGUUAUAAUGUGGACCCUAGCUGUCCGGACGAUCCCAGCGAGAACUGCACUAAUCCGUGCUGUAAGGAAGCUAACACAUUGAUGUGCUUCAGGGAUUGCCCGGACGGUUAUUCUCUCAAAGGCGAAUAUUACUGUGUAAGAAAACCCUCAACAUGUACGACACCUCCCCAAACACCUUCUGCACCACCCACCACCACGGCCGCCUUAACAACGACGCCCGCCGUAACAACGGCGAGACUAACCACGCGGCAAACAACGUCAAUAAUUUGUGAUGAGUCGUGUGUCUGUCAACUUGACUGCUACGGAUUGGUUGAGGAUGCAAAUUGUCCGAACACCGUGCCUGACUACUGCACUCGCUGUAUCAGCUGUCCCGAGGGCACACAGAAGAGCCAGACGGGAACAUUUUGCGUAAGACCCAAACCGCCAGAGCUUUGCGCUACUACAAAAGUUCCAACCACCCCCAUACCUACAACUGUGGCACCGACGACGCUAGCACCUACAACUCUGGUUCCAACUACCACUGCACCUACAACUAUCUUGACCACUACACCUUUGGUUACCACAAUACAGACAACUACGGUGCAAACAACUAGAGUAAUUUGUGAUGAGUCGUGUGUCUGUCAACUUGACUGCUACGGAUUGGUUGAGAAUGCAAAUUGUCCGAACAACGUGCCUGACUACUGCACUCGCUGUAUCAGCUGUCCCGAGGGCACACAGAAGAGCCAGACGGGAACAUUUUGCGUAAGACCCAAACCGCCAGAGCUUUGCGCUACUACAAAAGCUCCAACCACUCCAGCACCAACAACGCUAGCACCUACAACGCUAGCACCUACAACGCUAGCACCUACAACUCUAGCACCAACUACCACUGCACCUACAACAAUCGUGACCACUACACCGUUGGUUACCACAACACAGACAACUACGGUGCAAACAACUAGAGCAAUUUGUGAUGAGUCGUGUGUCUGUCAACUUGACUGCGAUGGUUUGGUCGAGGAUUUGAAUUGUCCAAAUAACGUGCCGGACUACUGCACUCGCUGUAUCAGCUGUCCCGAGGGCACACAGGAGAGCCAGACAGGGACAUUUUGCGUUAGACCCAAACCGCCGGAACUUUGCGUUACAACAAAAGCCCCAACCACCCCAGCCCCUACAACGCUAGCACCUACAACGCUAGCACCUACAACACUAGCACCUACAACGUUAGCACCUACAACGCUAGCACCCACAACGCUAGCACCUACAACGCUAGCACCUACAACGCUAGCACCUACAACGCUAGCACCAACAACUCUAGCACCUACAACUCUGGCACCAACUACCACUGCACCAACAACAAUUGCGACCACUACCCCUUUGGUUACCACAACACAGACAACCACGGUGCAGACAACUAGAGGAAUUUGUGAUGAGUCGUGCGUCUGUCAACUUGACUGUUACGGUUUCGUUGAGGAUUUGAAUUGUCCAAAUAACGUGCCUGACUACUGCACUAGUUGUUUAAGCUGUCCCGAGGGCACACAGAAGAGCCAGACAGGAACAUUUUGCGUUAGACCCAAACCGCCAGAACUUUGCGUUACCACGGAAGCCACAACUACUGAGGCACCUACGACUGCAGCACGGACUACCACUGCGCCGAAAACCACAGAAGUAACCACUGAAGUGAUAACUACAGUUGCCCCCACAACAAGAGAAGUGACAACUACCGCGGUGCCAACAACCACGGAAGAGGUCACAACAACAAUCAGGACAACUACUCCUGAGGCAACUACGACACAGGCAACCACUGUACAGACAACUACAGAAGAGGCCACUACCACAAUUGUUACAACGCAGGUCACGACAACUGAAUCAACUACAGCGGCGCCGACAACCACGACGGAGGCCACAACUACCGCUGUGAUAACCACAACACCAGAAGUGACUACCACUGAGUCGACUACUCGCGCUGUGACAACUACUGAAGCAACUACUACAGUUCCUGGUACGACUACUGAAGCAAAAACUACUCGUUUGACAACGACCGAGGCACCUACCACCACCGAACAGCCAACAACCACAGUAGAGGAGACCACUACAAUUGUCACGACAACUCCCAAAGUGACAACAACGGUGCAAACAACAACGGCUGCCACUACUAGAAUAGAAACCACCAAAGAAGAAACCACGAUUGCUACAACACGGGCAGUCACAACGGUUCCUUUGACAACCACUGAGGCACCAACCACUGAGGAAGUUACAACUACGGCCGUUAUCACAACGACACCAGAGGCAACCACAGCUGAACAGACAACUACUUCAACCACAACAAGAGCUCCAACUACAACUGAGGCCCCGACAACCAUAGAGAAAACAACAACCAGGAGGACAACCACUGAGGCACCUACAACCACUGCCCAACGCACAACAACCGAGGAAGUCACCACAACAGCUGUGACAACAACACCUGAGGCAACCACAGUAGAGACAACCACGGUGCAAUCAACUACUGUUGCUCCAACAACUGAGGAGACAACUACAACUGUCAUCACAACUACCCAGACAACAAGAGCCCCAACCACCACUGCUGCACCUACAACCACUGAGGUUGUGACUACCACUGCUGUGCAUACAACCACUCCACAGGCAACAACAACAGAGGAGACAACUACAGUAAGGACCACCACAGAAGCUCCAACCACAGAAGCCUCAACGACAGUUGAGAGGACAACCACUCGCGUUACAACCACUGAGGCACCUACAACCACUGCCCAACCCACUACCACUGAGGAAGUCACUACAACGGUUGUGACCACCACACCUGAAGCAACUACAACAGAGACAACCACUGUGCAAUCAACUACCGAGGCUCCAACAACUGAGGAGGCAACAACAACCGUUGUAACAACCACCCAGACUACAAGAGCCCCAACUACCACUGCUGCACCCACAACCACUGAGGUUGUGACUACCACUGCUGUGCAGACAACCACACCACAGGCAACAACCACAGAGGAGACAACUACAGUGCGGACCACCGCAGAGGCUACAACCACAGAAGCCCCGACAACAGUUGAGAGAACAACCACCCGUGUGACAACUUCUGAAGCACCUACAACCACUGGCCAACCAACAACCACCGAGGAAGUUACAACGGUCCUUGUCACGACUACACCUCAAGCAACCACAACGGAGACAACAACUAUUCAGACAACCACAGAGGCUCCAACAACUGAGGAAGCAACAACCACAGUUGUCACAACUGUUCAGACUACAAGAGCCCCAACAACCACUGCUGAACCAACAACCACUGAGGUUGUGACAACCACUGCUGUGCAGACAACCACACCUCAGGCAACAACCACGGAGGAGACAACGACAGUGCGGACCACCGCAGAGGCUACAACCACAGAAGCCCCGACAACAGUUGAGAGAACAACCACCCGAGUGAUAACUACUGAAGCACCUACAACCACUGCCCAACCAACAACCACCGAGGAAGUUACAACGGUCCUUGUCACGACUACACCUCAAGCAACCACAACAAAGACAACAACUAUUCAGACAACCACAGAGGCUCCAACAACUAAGGAAGCAACAACAACAGUUGUCACAACCAUUCAGACUACAAGAGCCCCAACUACCACUGCUGCCCCUACAACCACUGAGGUUCUGACAACCACUGCUGUGCAGACAACCACUCCAAAGGCAACAACCACAGAGGAGACAACGACAGUACGGACCACCUCAGAGGCUACAACCACAGAGGCCCCUACAACAGUUGAGAGGCGUACAACUCAUGUCAUAACCACCGAGGCACCUACAACAACUGCCCAACCCACAACCACGGAGGAAGUCACCACAACAGUUGUGACCACAACUCCUGAAGAAACUACUACUGAGACCACAACUGUCCAGACAACAACAGAGGCUCCAACAACUGAGGAAGCAACAACCACGGUCGUCACAACUACCCAGACUACAAGAGCUCCAACAACCACUGUUGCACCUACAACCACUGAGGUUGUGACUACGACUGUUGUACAGACAACAACUCCAAAGGCAACAACUACAGAGGAGACAACAACGGCGAGGGUCACCACAGGGGCAACAACAGAGGCCCCAACAACAACUGAAAGGAAAACUACUCGAGUGACAACAAGGGCGCCUACUACUGCCCCAGCAACAACCACUGCGGCACCCACAACAGCCCAACCCACAACUACUGAGGAAGUUACCACAACAAUCGUAACUACUACACCUGAGGCAACCACAACAGAGACAACCACUAUUCAAACAACCACUGUUGCUCCAACAACUGAAGAGGCAACCACGACAGUUAUAGCAACUACUCAGACGACAAGAGAACCAACCACUACUGCAGCACCUACAACCACUGAAGUUGUGUCUACCACUGCUGUACAGACAACAACUCCAAAGGCAACAACCACAGAGGAGACAACCAAAGUACAGACCACCGCAGAGGCUACAACCACAGAGGCUCCAACAACAGUUGAAAGGACAACAACUCGUGUCACAACCACCGAGGCACCUACAACCACUGCCCAACCCACAACCACGGAGGAAGUCACAACGACAGUUGUGACCACGACUCCUGAAGAAACUACCACUGAGACCACAACUGUCCAGACAACAACAGUCGCUCCGACAACUGAAGAGGCGACCACGACAGUUGUAGCAACUACCCAGACGACGAAAGUACCAACCACCACUGCGGCACCUACAACCACUAAGAUUGUGACUUCCACUGCUGUACAAACAACCACUCCUAAGGCAACAACCACAGAGGAGACAACGACAGUGCGGACCACCGCAGAGGCUACAACCACAGAGGCUCCUACAACAGUUGAGAGGACAACAACUCGUGUAACAAGCACUGAGGCACCUACAACCACUGCUCAACCCACAACCACGGAAGAAGUAACCACAAAAGUUGUAACGACUACGCCUGAGGAAACUACUACCGAGACUACCACUGCCCAGACAACAACAGAGGCUCCCACAACUGAGGAGACAACAACCACAGUUGUCACGACUACACAAACAACAAGAGCACCUACAACCACUGCUGCACCUACAACGACUGAGGUUGUGACUACCACUGUUGUGCAGACCACCACUCCACAGGCGACAACUACAGAAGAAACAACUACAGUGAGGGCCACCACAGAGGAGACAACAGAAGCCCCAACAACAACUGAAAGAAAAACCACUCGCGUGACCACUAAGGCACCAACUACCACUGCUCCGGCAACAACCACUGAGGCACCUACAGCCACGUCCCAGCCCACAACCACCGAGGAAGUCACUACAACAGUUGAGACAACAACACCUGAAGCAACCACAACAGAGGCAACCACUAUUCAAACAACUACUGUUGCCCCAACAACUGCGGAAGCAACAACAACAGUUGUCAGAACUACUCAGACUACUAGAGCUCCAACAACGACUGCUGUGCCUACAACCACUGAGGUUGUUACGACGACUGUUGUACAAACCACUACUCCAAAAGCAACAACCACAGAGGAGAUAACGACAGUAAGGGUCACCACGGAGGCUACAACUACAGAGGCCCCAACAACAGUUGAGAGGACAACUACUCGUGUGACAACCACUGAGGCACCUACAACAACUGCCCAACCCACAACCACGGAGGAGGUUACCACAGCAAUCGUGACCACUACACCUGAGGCAACCACAACAGAGACUACCACUAUCCAAACAACCUCUGUUGCUACGACAACUGAGGAGGCAACAACAACUAUAGUUGCAACCACCCAAACAACAAGAGCCCCAACCACAACAGGUGCACCAACAACCACCGAGGUUGCGACUACUACUGCUGUACGGACAACCACGCCAAAAGCAACAACCACAAAGGAGACAACCACAGCAAAAGCAACCACAGAAGCUACAACUACAGAGGCACCUACAACAACUGAAAGAAAAACCACUCGCGUGACCACUAAGGCACCAACUACCACUGCUCCGGCAACAACCACUGAGGCACCUACAACCACGUCCCAGCCCACAACCACCGAGGAAGUCACUACAACAGUUGAGACAACAACACCUGAAGCAACCACAACAGAGGCAACCACUAUUCAAACAACUACUGUUGCCCCAACAACUGCGGAAGCAACAACAACAGUUGUCAGAACUACUCAGACUACUAGAGCUCCAACAACGACUGCUGUGCCUACAACCACUGAGGUUGUUACGACGACUGUUGUACAAACCACUACUCCAAAAGCAACAACCACAGAGGAGAUAACGACAGUAAGGGUCACCACGGAGGCUACAACUACAGAGGCCCCAACAACAGUUGAGAGGACAACUACUCGUGUGACAACCACUGAGGCACCUACAACAACUGCCCAACCCACAACCACGGAGGAGGUUACCACAGCAAUCGUGACCACUACACCUGAGGCAACCACAACAGAGACUACCACUAUCCAAACAACCUCUGUUGCUACGACAACUGAGGAGGCAACAACAACUAUAGUUGCAACCACCCAAACAACAAGAGCCCCAACCACAACAGGUGCACCAACAACCACCGAGGUUGCGACUACUACUGCUGUACGGACAACCACGCCAAAAGCAACAACCACAAAGGAGACAACCACAGCAAAAGCAACCACAGAAGCUACAACUACAGAGGCACCUACAACAACUGAAAGAAAAACCACUCGCGUGACCACUAAGGCACCAACUACCACUGCUCCGGCAACAACCACUGAGGCACCUACAACCACGUCCCAGCCCACAACCACCGAGGAAGUCACUACAACAGUUGAGACAACAACACCUGAAGCAACCACAACAGAGGCAACCACUAUUCAAACAACUACUGUUGCCCCAACAACUGCGGAAGCAACAACAACAGUUGUCAGAACUACUCAGACUACUAGAGCUCCAACAACGACUGCUGUGCCUACAACCACUGAGGUUGUUACGACGACUGUUGUACAAACCACUACUCCAAAAGCAACAACCACAGAGGAGAUAACGACAGUAAGGGUCACCACGGAGGCUACAACUACAGAGGCCCCAACAACAGUUGAGAGGACAACUACUCGUGUGACAACCACUGAGGCACCUACAACAACUGCCCAACCCACAACCACGGAGGAGGUUACCACAGCAAUCGUGACCACUACACCUGAGGCAACCACAACAGAGACUACCACUAUCCAAACAACCUCUGUUGCUACGACAACUGAGGAGGCAACAACAACUAUAGUUGCAACCACCCAAACAACAAGAGCCCCAACCACAACAGGUGCACCAACAACCACCGAGGUUGCGACUACUACUGCUGUACGGACAACCACGCCAAAAGCAACAACCACAAAGGAGACAACCACAGCAAAAGCAACCACAGAAGCUACAACUACAGAGGCACCUACAACAACUGAAAGAAAAACCACUCGCGUGACCACUAAGGCACCAACUACCACUGCUCCGGCAACAACCACUGAGGCACCUACAACCACGUCCCAGCCCACAACCACCGAGGAAGUCACUACAACAGUUGAGACAACAACACCUGAAGCAACCACAACAGAGGCAACCACUAUUCAAACAACUACUGUUGCCCCAACAACUGCGGAAGCAACAACAACAGUUGUCAGAACUACUCAGACUACUAGAGCUCCAACAACGACUGCUGUGCCUACAACCACUGAGGUUGUUACGACGACUGUUGUACAAACCACUACUCCAAAAGCAACAACCACAGAGGAGAUAACGACAGUAAGGGUCACCACGGAGGCUACAACUACAGGUUAA